UGUUUAAUUAAAAAUAAACCAUUUCAUCAGCAUUUAGCAUUUGAAAUGGUAGCAUUUAUUACAUUGUAUAAUGCAAGUACUACAAGGUAAUGAUAUCAAAUAGUAUAACAACUAAGCUAAAAGCUUCAAAAAGCUUCCAGCAAGAUAACAAAUCAUCGGUAACUGUCACAGAAGACGACGAAACAAUUGAAGACGAAUCUAAAACUGAUAAAGAUCAUGUCAAUCAUGUCACAAAUCAUGUUAUGGUAUUCUCACCCCGUACUAAAGUUCGUGGAUUAUUGGAAUUUCGUCCAGGUCCCGGUGGUCGUCAAAAUGAAAACGAUCGUCGAUCUACAACACGAGACCGUGGUGGGAAAAUCUUUUCAUAUUCACGUAUCUCGGAUUACCGGACACCACGCACUAAAUUUCAAGAAUCGUUGAAUCGUAACAAUUCCAAUGAAUGUAUUCAACAUCAUUCGAAACAUUUUUUGGAUAUGGAUAACAAAAAUAAAUUAGAUAGCGGUUACAAUAAUUUACCAGAUGAUCCACGCAUAUCGAAAAUGUUACGGAAAUUGUGCGUGGAAACGGAUCAAGAUCGUUCGAUUGCAAUCUGCCAUAAAUUAUUGGAUACGCUGAUGUUUCCCGACAAUGCGAAAUAUAUUCGACGUGCAUUUGAUAUUUUAGCAGAUACGCUUCUGGGAAUUAUUAAAUUUGGUCCGUGCGAAGAUACGCGCUAUUUAGCAGCACGUGCUCUGGGUCGGAUUGGAUAUAUCAUGGAAAACGAUUACAAAUACUUUUUGACCUGGUUAAUCAAGGAAUUUACUAAAAGUCGAGAUGAUGAAAUCAAAAUACUUCUUAUCAAAUCCCUAAUCGAAACGUAUACUCUGGAGCGCACUCAAUCUAAACUCUACGACUACUCAACUUUAACCCUGAACAAUAUUAUCAGUCAAGUGGAGUACGCUGAACGGCCAGAAUUAUUUAUGGCCCUAAUCGAUGUUGUGUUAAUGAUCACAGAAUGUUAUCCGAACGAAGUCAAUUCUCAUUUUCGAGAUGUGGUUGAUAUAUUAGUGGGAUGGCUUGUAGAAAGUAAUCAUUCGCCUGAGAUGGCAGAUUAUGCUUCGCGAAGUUUGCAACGUUUGGGUGUUCAUUGGCAGACGAAUAUUUUAUUUUCAAUUCAAUUAUUAGCACAGUUUUUAGAAGAUUUAGUUGCGUUUAGCGAAGCGUUUAAUUCAUCCGGAUCAUCUACACCGUUGGAGUAUAUUUCACCAAAAAUUGAGACUUCACUGAAUCAAGUAACAGCUUUAACUCGAGUUAUUAACACUGUACUAAAAUGUUUGGGUACAUGUUUAAAUCCAUCGAGUAGUUCUUGUAUAACACUCCAAUUUUUAACGGAUUGUUUUAUUAAUAUUGUUUCAACCGCAACUAAAACAUUGGAUAAAUAUUUACCAGAAAAUUUAAUAAUUGCCGCCAAUGAAAGUGCUUACAUUCUACUUGGAUACAUCCAAUCAAAAUCGGCCCAAGCUAACGAAUUUUUAUAUAAUUUAAUUGAUAUCGAAUUAUCGUUAACUCAAGAUUUUAGUGAUGCAACUUUGGUUUCGAUGUUGUUAUUAAUUUCACAAACGAUUAAAGAAGUUGCUGCGAAUUUACCAAUUGAAUUGGUGCAAAAACUUUUAGGGGAAACAUCGGAAAUUUUAAAAUUACGUAAUUCACCAUCGAUAAACGUUCAAACUGGAGUUGUGAGCGUUUAUCAUAGUUUAUUAAACUUAAAAAAUAUUCCAUUGCUUCAGGAAGCAUAUCGAUAUGUUUUGGGAGAUUUGGAGCGAAGUUAUUUAGUUUUAUUACCUAAUUUGGAACCUUUUUGUGCAAAUAAUCCAAUGACGAUAACUUACAGCGAAUCGGAAGCAGAAAUAACAACUUUAUUCCUUCUUCGCUGUCUUUCCGACUUAGCUAACGCAAGCAGUUCAAUCAUCGGAAUGUGGGCAUUACGUCCAAGUAUUUUGGAACUGUUGGCUGUUCAAUUAAAACCAUAUUCAUACGAAUUAGGGCUACAUUGUCCCUCGUUACAACACGCAAUUUUAUUUUUAUUAUACUCGCAUUGUAAGCGAUAUAAUCAUUUUGUUUCGAGCAGCAAUCUAGUUUUCCAAUCGCGUACAAAUGUUUGUGAUAUGUUGGGACUCCCGUUGAAUAUUAAUUUGGGAGAAGGUGCAACAAGUUCACCUACAUCAGGACAUUUAACAAUCAUUUUAGAUGUGGUGACGAAAACUUUGCUCACGCAAACUUGUGUUGAAACAAAAUGUUUGAUUUUAACAUGGUCGAAAGAAAUUAUCACACUCUCGGAAUCGUAUUACGAGACGUUGUAUCAGAAGCCGAGUUUUAUGGAAUUUACGAAUGCGAUAACGCAAUGUGGAUUUGAUAUUAACGGCGAUAUUGUAACGACUGUUUAUGAGACGUUAAGUCUGUUGUUGAGUAAUAAUCGUGCUAAAUGGUCGACGGAUUUUCUAACAAAAUUAAGUGAUUUGUGUGCGUUACAUAUGAAUUGUGUUGAUGAGGAAAUCCGUAACAAGUAUUCCAUACUCUCCACGAAAAUUCCAUGGAAUAUAAUCACUUUUAACAUCGAAAAACAAUCUCAACUAAGUAAAAUUAAGCGUAAAUAUAAAAAUCAACUCCCCCAAGGGGAAUAUAACAAAAGUGUGGUCCAAUUAGCUCAACAUUUGCAUAUAACUCGAAGUGGAGGGGGUAACAUAGAAAUGCAUACCCAAAAUUUUAAGAAAUUUAUGUCCCAUUUACUGUUUGGACACGAACAUGAGUUAAAUUGGUUGGAGAAUAUCUUAAAUAGUUGUUGGCCACUUUUGGAUACCACAGAUUUGGAUGAUUAUGUGACUUAUUUUGGAAAUUUAGCUCAAAUUUCAUAUCCGUUGUUAAUUUUUUGGAUUACCUUUGAAGCGGCUAAUUUUUGUGUGAAUAAUAAGUUACGUACACCACUUGGUAAACCAACGGAUACAUUUACGAGUAUCGAAAGUUCGAUUAAAAAAUUGGCUAGGGAAAUUACGAAUGAACGAAAAACAGCAUCGAUUAGUUUGAUGUUAAAAGAAAAUAAACGGGUACGAAUUUUAAUGGAAUUUAUGGAACAUCUUGAAAAAGUUAUUUACAAUGCUUCAGAAGGUUGUGCGACGGCGAUGACUCAACCAAGUAAACCUGUACGCACCUUUUUUCAUACAAACGCUAGUACAUGUCGUGAAUGGUUUAGUCGAAUUCGAAUUGCAAUCACGGUUGUUGCUUUACAUGCUGGACUUAGUCCCAUGGCUAUACGACACGCGCAAGCCUUGUUAAAUGAUCUCGCUAACGCCGAUAACACUCAAGGCGUGGAAUUUGAACGAGCUGUCUUACAUCUAGCCUGGGGAUAUCUUAAUCUAAACGAAUCCGAAGCUUUGCAAGGCUUAUACGUUUGGUGUUCGAAUAUUGCUAAAAGAAAAUUUGCCUGGCUUAAAACCGCCGCGGAACAAGCUAGCAAAAAGUAUGAGAACGCUGCGAAAGCUUAUGAAAGCAUUCUAGAAAGCGAGUUACAGCAAAAUUUGGAUGAGAAAACUGAAGGUGGUGGGGAGCCAAAUGAAAGUUUUGAUAAGAGCAAAAAUGAUUCGAAAUUAUUGAAAUUAACUUUCAUCAGUGAUCAAAUAACGGAAUGUUAUCGAAAAGUAAACUGUUGGAAUGAUUUAGCUCAAUGGAAACUUAAGGAACAUGACCUUUUAGCUAAAUAUAAUCAAAAUGGAGGAUUUAAUAAGUACACGUUAAAUUGUAUCAGCUCGGAUUACGCUCAAACGUUGUUUGAAUUUGAGGAAAAUGAUUUUGUAUUACUUGGAGAGUUAACCAAAUGGAAUAAAACGGAAAAAUCAUGCGAAAAUAGUUCAUGGAGCACGUACAGUUUGUUACAUGAUGUCGAAACCGAUUUAUACGAUUGUGUUUUGAAUCUGCAACGACCCGAUGUUAAGUACGAAACUUAUAAAGACAACUUAAAUAACGCUGUUAAUAUAACUCAAGUUUGUAUUCAAGAAAAACUACGAAAUUUACCGUCAGAAUUCCUACAAAAUUCCGUAUUUUUAAAUCAAAUCGCUACAUGCAUGAAAAAUACAUUUUUGGGAAAUACGAACGGCGAAACUUGUAUAAAUAUCUGUACAGAUCAAAAUAGUAUACGACAAAUGAAUUCGAACAUUUUAUCGAAAAUUCUAUGGUGGUCGGAAUGUUUCAAUAAAGUUAAACCACAAAAUACAACCUUGGAUAUCGCAAAUUUACGUUUAGAUGUUGCUAGGGCCGCUCGUAAAGAAGGUAAUUUUAAUUUGGCGCGAAAACAAAUUCAAAAGUUUUUCGAUUUGAAAAAAGAUUUAUAUUUGAUUGGAGAAUCGAAAAUGAAUCAAUGGGCAGUUUUGGAGAAUAUAUCAAAAACUUUAAUCGACUAUGAAAAUUUGGAUGUAAGUACGUGGUCGUUAAAUAACGCUCGAGCAUUAAUGGAAGCCGCUAAGUUGUUGUAUGUGAGUCACGAUAAUAAGGAACUAGCGUUAUUUUUAUGCGCUGUCACAUCAUUUGGUGUGUCACAACGAAUCACGAUGUCUGAUUGUAGUUACGAGCUUCGUGAACGUGGAACUAGAAUGUUGUUAACAUUAGCGAAAUGGGUUCAAAUCGAAACGAAUCAAAAUUAUGUCGCAGAUAUUUCAAAUCCACUAGGUCGUUUCGUAACGUUGAUCCCAGAAAUUGGAUUAGUUGAACAAAGUGAUCAUACUGAUAUCAUUCCGAUACAAGAUAUGGCAGUGGGAAAAGUUUUACAAUUUGCGGCGAAUCAAUGCUCAACGUUAGCGAAAGUAUGGUUCACAUAUGGAUCGUGGUGUUAUCGUUGGGGACGAAAAAUGGUUGAUCAUAGCAGUGAAUCUGGAACAGCUGGUGGGACUUUAUCGGAAAGUGAUCGUGAGGCGAUUAAAAAUUUAAUGCCAAUUGGAACUUCACUUGAAGAUUUACAGAAUGUUUAUCAAAUUUUAUCACAAACUCGAGCUGUUGCCGAUGAAGAUGAUAUCGGAUCAAAUGACAUAAACACUUCGGAGAUGAUCGAAGCUCAAUUACGAAGUGUGCCAAUUUUAUCGAAUGCUUAUCCCGAACAUUUAUUAAUGCUUGUUAAUAUCUGGCGACAAGCACAAAAACGGGUGUACUCCUACUACGAUUUAUCUGCGAAUGCGUACUUUAAGUACUUAGAACUGUACAGUACCGCGGAUUUACUCGAAUCCGGUGAAUGUACAACAAUAACCGCAACACUACGAUUACUUCGUUUAAUUGUGAAACACGCGCUGGAAUUACAAACUGUGCUGGAAUCUGGAUUAGCUACCACUCCGACUCAACCAUGGAAAGCGAUUAUCCCUCAAUUAUUUUCACGAUUAAAUCAUCCAGAAGCGUAUGUACGGCGACGUGUUUCAGAACUCCUAUGUCGUGUGGCCACAGAUGCUCCACAUUUGAUAACAUUCCCCGCUGUAGUUGGAGCCGUACAAGGAGGAGUCAAUCAAUUAGAAUUCGCUGAAAUGAAAGAUUAUUUAUCUCAAAAUGAUAACGAAAACAAUGAUUUCGACGAUUUAGACGAAACGGAUAAAGAUGUUACGAAUAACGUUCUAAAUAGUUGUUUUAUGUCUAUGGUCGAAACUUUAAGUAAACAAACACCAGAAACCAUUACUCAAGUGCAACUUUUAGUCAAAGAACUUCGUCGAAUUACACUUUUAUGGGAUGAAUUAUGGCUGGGAACUUUACUUCAACAUAACAAUGAAAUUGUUCGACGUCUAACUCAACUCGAACAAGAGAUUCUAAAAGUUAACAACAACACAAAUUUAACGAAAGAUGAAAAAGAGUACCUAGUUGCGGAAAAACAUCGAAUUCUAACGAAGCCAAUUAUAUUUAUUUUGGAGCAAUUACAUUCGAUUACCUCAAUAACACCAGAAACACCGAAUGAGAAACUAUUCCAGGAACGUUUUAAUUCAAUUAUUGUGGAUGUUAUCGAAAAAUUAAAGCAUCCAUUAAAUCCAAACAAACCAAAAGAAUCUUGGCAACCUUUGAAAGUUUUACAAACAAAAUUACAGCAAAGAGCCCAUAAACGAGCUUCGUAUACCCUGAAAAUGUCUGAUAUUAGUCCAAUUCUGGCUCAAAUGCAUGAUACAGUUAUUGCAAUGCCUGGACUUCGAAAUAAUAACUCAAAACAAUUGGUAACAAUCAUGUCAGUCGAUAAUCACGUUUCGAUCUUACCAACGAAAACUAAACCGAAAAAAUUAAUAUUCCAUGGUUCGGAUGGUCAAACUUACACGUAUUUGUUUAAAGGUCUGGAAGAUCUACAUUUGGAUGAACGAAUUAUGCAAUUUUUGAGUAUUGCAAAUACAAUGUUGGCAAAAGGUUCCGAGAAUAAUGUUUACCGAGCGAAACAUUACUCGGUAAUUCCGUUAGGUCCUAGAUCGGGUUUAAUCAGUUGGGUGGAUGGUGUUACUCCUGUGUUCGCGUUAUACAAACGUUGGCAACAGCGAGCAGCUACAAAAGCUUCGCUAAAACAAAAUAGUUCACAAACAACGGUUUUACGUCCUUCGGAAUUGUUUUACAAUAAACUGAAUCCGUUAUUAAAAGAACAUGGAGUGAAGAAUAUCGAUAAUCGUAAAGAAUGGCCUGUGAGUGUGUUAAAACAAGUUUUAACUGAGUUAAUGGCGGAAACUCCCGAUGAUUUGUUAGCUCGUGAAUUGUGGUGUCAUAGUAUAAACACUGGUGCUUGGUGGCAAAACGUGCGGAAUUAUUCGUAUUCGGUGGCAGUGAUGAGUAUAAUCGGGUACAUUAUUGGAUUGGGGGAUCGUCACCUAGAUAAUGUUUUAGUGGACUUAUCCAGUGGAGAAGUUGUGCAUAUUGACUAUAAUGUGUGUUUUGAAAAGGGGAAAACGUUACGUGUCCCAGAAAAGGUUCCAUUUAGGAUGACACCAAAUAUUCGUGCUGCUCUAGGUGUAACAGGAGUUGAGGGUAUAUUUCGAUUGGCGUGUGAACACGUGUUGCGAACAAUGAAAAAAGGACGUGAGACAUUACUCACACUAUUGGAGGCAUUUGUUUAUGAUCCGCUGGUUGAUUGGACGGUUGGUGGGGAAAGUGUAUUUGCGACCACUGUUUUUGGAGGUAGUGCAUCAACGAUUUCAACUAAUACUACAAAACAAUCGAGACGGGAGUUGGAACGUGAAGUGACCACCGCUAUGUUUAAUGUACGCUGUGCUGAAAUGAAAACGGAAUGGCUUAACAAUAAGACGGAUAUGGAAAAUCAAAUAAUAGUUGUAAUUAAAAAUUUGAAAAAAUGGAUUGAAGAAUAUCAAAAUGUACAAAAUGCCGAAGAAGCUUUACAAGAUUUACAUCAACAGAUGGCAAUUGUUAAAGAAGCCGAAGCAAAUAUCGGUACCGGAAAACAUUCGUUGUUCACGCUUCCACAACGUUAUCAAACAUACAAACGAACUUAUGAAGCAUUCAAUUUGGCCAAAAAGAAUUUAGAUGAUAAAAUUGAAGAUUGUGAGAAGCAUACUAAGCUGCAUGUGGUAGCGUUAGCCGCAAUCCGUGGACCUCAACUUUCACAAUGGAUACAAGAAUUAAACUUCCCUAUAGAUCAUGAAAAUCAUUUAGUUUUUGAUCUAAUUAAAGAAUUCCUCCAGAAUGCUGGACAAAGUUCAAUGAUUACGCAAUGCGAACAAUCAGAAGUUGAAUUGGCCACUUUAGCUCAGCAACAAACCGUUUUAAUUCGUUCCUGUUUAGAUUUAUUAAGCCAGUAUGCAGCGGUUGCAAGUAAUUACCCAACGUCUUCACUAGAAAAACAUCGUUCGAUUUGCUAUUUAAAAUGGUGUCAAAUACUUCGCGAUACUAAAUCCGUUGAUGUCUGUCAUGAAGUGUUAGCACAAUUUAAUAGUGUUUUCGCACCAGAAACCGCAAAUAAUCCGUUAGUUCAACAAGUUGUCUCGUUUUCUUAUCAAUUACAAACAAUUGUUAACGAUGCUAACCUUAAAUUGAAAAAGAGUUACGAUCGUUUAACGGCUGAAGGUAUACCAGAUUCUGGAUCACGUUUAGAUCAAACUUACAUCGAAGCUAAGAAUUCGAUACAAACAUUCUUACGUUUAGAGAAAGGUGCUAUUAAAGCUUUCGAAUGUGUGAAUAUUACCGCGUUAUGUGCGCUAAAUAAACGAUUUUUAAUGAUGGAACAAGCUGCGGCAAGUGCAGGAGAUGUACUCAUGGAUUUACAUUCAAUGGAAGGUGAUUGGUUUCUGGAUGAAAUGCAUCUAAUGAGCAGUUUAGUAACGGAACUCUCGAAUUUAAUACCAGUACAACAUAGUGGAGGAACAGCGGGAAGUAAUACUUCGAAUUCGAAUAAGAUAAUGGAUGAUAAUAAAGUUUCGACAAUGUUGAAUUGUUUAAAAACUGCAAAUAAUAUUUAUAAAGGAUUACAAGAAUUGAAUUUUAAUUUUUAUACAAUUAUUUUACCGGAAGCAAUGAAAACUAUCCAAACUGAAGAGCCAUCUGUUAUUGCAAUUGUAAAUGAAUUGAAUGAUUUAAUUUUGAGUGUUGGAUGUCCUUUAUCCAAAUUAAUUGGACAAUUAGAAAUUCAUUUACGUUUCACAAUUAUGCAAAUGGAUUCACCUCAAGCAAAUGUACAAAGUAUUGUAGCACAGUUACGUUCACGCUACGAUGCCAUGUUGCAUUCACAAUCAGAUGAUAACGGUUCAACGGAUACGCUAACGCCUGGAAAAAUGUUAUUAAUGGGCUUUAAUGGACUGUUCGAUAAAUUAAAUGUGGAAUCGAACACACUGAUAUCCACGUUCAAUUCAUUGGAUAUACCUAGUUGCUGGAAGAAAGUCGAUCAAUAUCGUGAAGCUAAAGCGCUGAGUGCUCCCAUUUUUAAGGAUCAAACUCGUUCUGUUUUGGAUGACAUAUUUUUAUUAAAACGUAUCCAAACAAUCAGCGAAUUCUUUGUAUUGUGUGGACAAAUGUCUUGCUCUUUUAAGGGCGUUGGUAUGGCCACAGUUUACGAUGAUGCAAGUCUCAACAAACCAAUCCAUCGUUUUACAGCUGAUUAUGUUAGUCGACAAUUAUUAGGAGUCACCUCACAGAUUAUUGCCUUAGCGCUAUGUGUUUUGCUACAACGUAUGGGUCUGAAUGUAACGAACGAAAUCGAACAACGUGAUGUUGGAGCCGAGCAUAAAGUACCCCUUGAAGAACUGUGCCGUAAACUUGUCGAUACACACUUAAAACGUGGCAGUUUCACAAGCAAUGUUUUAGCUCAAGCAUCUGGAUUAAGUUCUACGCUCGAAAAUUCAUGGCGUCGUCGUGAAAUCGCACGCCAUUUACAACAAAAUGUUGAAGCACAACGCACUAGCUUACAACGUUUACAAUUACAAUUAACUGCACAUUAUUGGUUGCAUGAAGAUAUUAUAAUGUUACAACCAGGUCUAGCGAAUUUAUCACCGGUGAUUCGAUCGAAUUUCAUGAUGGAACUUCGAAAAAAUUCGUCAACUUUACUUGGGAUGCAACAACGGUUAACAGAAGCACGUGAACAACAACGUUCGUUGGUAUCUAGUGCAGAACAACGAUUAAAAUGGGCUGCUGGAGCGAACCCUGCGUUAAGUGAUGUUAUGGCUGCUUUUGAAUGCGCAGUAAAUAUUCGUGAAGAUCGUUUAACACUCGAACAAAAGUUGGCUUUGCAAGUUGGUAACACGUGUUCUGCAUUAUUACAUCAUGAAGCGUUGCGAACACGUACUUCAGAAGGAAUGUCUCAUGACGCUGCGUUUAUAGCUUUGCUAAAUCAAUGGGAACAAGCAUGCACACUUUUAAGUCAAUGUACGUCCACGAUUUCAUCGACAGAGGAAAGCUUAAUGGAAUUACUUCCUGUAGAAGGAAAUCUCAUCGAUGCAAGUUGGGUGAAAAAGUCCUCGAAUAUGAUCUCGGAUAUGAUUGCUACACGCCAACAGCUAAUGUUGCUCCAAUCGGAGAAUGUAAGCGUUGUGCGUGACUUACUAAAAGCUUCCGUGGAUAGCUUAAAAGAUUUAUGGAAUACGCACCAUCAUUUAAUGGGAGAUAUCCGUAACUUGCUAAAAUCUAUCUCGAAAAACGAUGAUUGUUGUCUACUGCAAGGUUUACACGAUUACUUACGAAGUUAUUACUCAUAUUCAGAGAAAAUAACAGCAGCAUUCUUCGCAUUAAACAAUAAUAACACGUCUGGAUCCACAGAAGAUUUGAACGCAGAUGAUGUAGAGAAGGCAUUACAUAACUUAGAAGAUAUUGUACAAUUAACAAGCCCCAUUUAUGACGAUCUACUAAAGUUUAAAAUUGAUAUGACGUCAUAUAAUACGUCAUCAAAAGUGAAACAACAACAAAGGCCACCGUUGUUACGACAAGAUCCAAUAUGGCAACAGAGUCCACGGAAACAAACGGCACAACCAUUACAAGGUACUGUUGUGAAUUCAUCCGGUCGUGGACAACAAAGAAAUGCUUAUGCAGUUGGUGUAUGGCGACGUGUACGUAUGAAGUUGGAAGGAAGAGACCCUGAUCCUGGUCGGAGGUAUACGCUACAAGAACAGGUCGAUUAUGUAAUUCGUGAAGCAACGAAUUUAGAGAAUCUAGCUCUAUUGUAUGAGGGCUGGACUCCAUGGGUGUGAACGGGUCCAUCAAAUGUAAGCAGGUCAAACACCUGCCUGGUUCACACUCUCAUAAAAAUCUAAUGAUCUAAAAACCACUACAAAUCAAACAUACAAAAAAACGUGCGCAUGCUACACAACCACACUGCUAGGCUAUCGUAUAACGUAUAGCGUAAAAAACAUACAAAAACAAACAAAACAAAUGAAGCGAUCGUAUUCAAUGUAGAUGCGCGUGCGCAUGCGUGGUAAAAAUAAUUACAAAAAAAAAUUAUAAAACAAAUAUGGCGACAAUGUUGUUAUAAUGUAUGUGGCGUAUGUGUGGUGUGUGUGUGACAGUGUCGUCCACACUCCUCUAAUUGUACGGCCAUUUUGUUGUAUUGUCGUCCACCAUUUUGUUGUCGCCCGUGUUUAAAACAAAAAAACAAACAAACAUAUAAAAUUACAUCAAAACAACGUUUUGAAAUAAUGGUUAAUUCAGAAAAUUUAUUACAAAAUUUUUUGUUUGGACCAAAAACGUUGGUGCGCUCUCCGCAGUAGUUGUGUGUGCCUAACUCAAAUUUAUUUAGGCUGCCUUCUACUUUCAAAUCAUAAUUUUGCUUAGAGAUAUUUCUAAAGUAAAACUACUCUAUAUAAAUAUAACUUACGUUCAUUAUAAUACCUUCAUUCCCCCCUCUCUCUACACCCAACCCCCUCAUUAUUUAAUUGAAGCAGUUAUCUAACUCUAAUUACCCUCUUUAUCUCCCUUUUACCACCACCCCCGACACACAUACUAUCUUUCUCUUUAAUUUAUUACAUUUCUCUCUGUAAACUAAUUUUUAUCAAAUAUAAUUGUUCAUCCAAUUUUCCCCCUUGCCUCACUUUUAUUAUUAAGUUAUUGGUAAAUGUCAUCAUUUGAAAGAAAUCUACAAUGGAAAAGAUUAAUCAAAAAGUGAGGUGCUUUUUGAAAUCUUUAUACAGAAAGUGUCAACAGUUACUUAAAAUUUAACCCUUUAUACUGAAGAGAUAUGUGAAAUAAGAAGGACCUCGGAUCACUGUAUAUGCAGAAUGGCUUCUUGUCAUUCUGAACAAAUGUCUCAAAGCGUAAAAAUCUCGCUGACGGUGCCGUUUUCGAGGUAUUCAAUAUCAAAUUUUCAUUGAAUUUCAAGAGGUUAUAUCACAUGCAAUCCUUAUAAUGUGCAAUCCUCGGGAACUUUAACAUGGACACCAUUGAGGCAUUUGUUCAUAAUGACAAGAAGAAUAUUUUCCCAAGUUCUGGGAAAAAGCUAUUCUUCAUACACAGUGGUCCGUGGUCCAUUUUGGGUAUAAAGGGGCCAAGUGUCAAAUGCCUUGAUUUUGAUAUUAAAUAAUUUUCUGUUUUCCCCGAAAAUAAUUUCUUAGAAAUUGUAUAAGAAUCGUUCGAUUUAUCUUUUUAAAUUAAAAGCUUGGAAGUAUUCUUUUGGACAAAUUGAUCGUUAAAUCGUUAAGAUUACAAUAUAUUAAGCUGCCUCAUUUUCUCGUAUUACAGACGAGAGUUCCGCGUUACUGAGACUUCAAAUCUUUUGAUUUGUUGUAAAGUGAGAGAGAGCUUACGCGGCAGUACUUUCAGAAUUACUUGAGGAAAAUAUUUUGUCAAAAGGAUUACUCCAAACAAAAAUCUCGUAGUUUAUAUUUCCAAAUUUGAAGCAAGGAAAAACAAGAAAGAUAACUUUUAAAUACUUAAUGAUUUUUGAGCAAAUAAGAUCAAUUUCUAAGCUUGUAAUUUUCAAUAAUCUCUUUUUUUCAAUAGCGAAAUGAGGGGCCAAAAAUGUGUAAGUAUAUUUUUUUCUGUUAGGAAAAUUUAUAUCUCU